AUGGAACUCUGGAGAGGAGUAGGUACCGCCUCUAAGACACACAUCACACAAGCACAUACUAACACACAUCUGAAUCAUGAUACUGAUCCUGAUCCUAAUGCUGAUUCGGAUCCUGAUCCUAAUGCUGAUUCGGAUCCUGAUCCUAAUGCUGAUUCAGAUCCUGAUCCUAAUGCUGAUCCUGAUCCUAAUGCUGAUUCAGUUGCUGAUCCUAAUGUUGAUUCUGAUCCUGAUCAUAAUGUUGAUUCAGAUCCUGAUCCUAAUGCUGAUUCAGAUCCUGAUCCUAAUGCUGAUUCUGACCCUGAUCCUAAUGUUGAUUCUGAUCCUGAUCAUAAUGCUGAUUCAGAUCCUGAUGCUAAUGCUGAUUCAGAUCCUGAUCCUAAUGCUAAUUCUGAUCCUGAUUCUGACCCUGAUGCUAAUGUUGAUUCAGAUCCUUAUCCUAAUGUUGAUUCAGAUCCUGAUCCUAAUGCUGAUCCUGAUCCUAAUGCUGAUUCUGACCCUGAUCCUAAUCCUGAUUCAGAUCCUGAUCCUGAUGCUGAUUCAGAUCCUGAUACUGAUCCAGGAUUGUUCUUGCAAUAA